CAUGAAGCUUUGAAUUGGUCUUCUUAAUCUAAUUUUAGGAAGUUUAAAUUGAAAUUGAAACGAAGAAUUUGAAAGGCUCUUGACGAUCAUUCUCCUCUGUCUUCGCUGAUUUUCUCUCCGUGUUUUUACCGAACAUCCAAGGCAGGUUACAACAAAUCCGCCAUAGCCAUGGAGAAUCAGAGCAGCGCCUGUCUGUCCUACGAGAAGCUUAACGGCGUCGCCACCUGGCUCGGCACCAGCGUCGCCUCCGCCUUCUUCGCCUCUCUCGAGCGCUGUUCCUGCAUCAAUCUCUCAACCUCCGACGACCACGAAGAUCUCGAUGAGGCUCACGAUCGCCCUCUCAUGUACUGCACAUCCACUUCUUCCUCCGUCAUUCGCAGCUUCGAACCGCUUCCUCCGCCGGUCAAUGACGUUGCCAAUCUCCCCGUCUGAGCGUCGUUCUCCAUGGAUCUGAGGAACAUGGGCACACACAGCUUGUUACCAGAAAGCUUUCACAGAAAAGGCAGAAGACAGCAGCAGAAGAACAAGUAAACUGCAAAUAUGCACUUUUUAUUCACUAUUUAAAUAGCACAUCCAAUGUAGAAAGAAUAUUUGGGUAUCUCUUUUUUUCUUUGUGUUCAUCUUGUAAUCAGUUGGUUUCUUAACUGUAAACUCCUGAAGUAAAUGAACAAGUUAUUCAAAUAUAUGAUCAAAUCUCUUUCA